CGGCUGCAUUUAUGGACCAUGUCUGAUGACUUGCUCGCGUCUUUUACGGCCUGUCGCGGUCAAAGGUUCGCCGUCAGCGUGAGCUGGUCCUUCGGAACCGGACAGAAAGUGAAGUUUGUGAGCGCUGGGAGGGCGGCUAGCGUAGUGGGCUAGCUGCAGCUGGAGAUUCGUCCCCCGGAUCCGGAUCCGUCCCUCGGUCUCGGCCGGACACCGACGGCGUCAUGGAGGAGGAAGCCCCCGCGGAAGGCGAGGCGGAGGCGGCCUUCUCCGCGGAGACCUACGCCGCCGAGGCCAUGGCGGCGGACAUGGACCCCUGGAUCGUGUUCGACUCCAGGAAAACCCCCCGGUCGGAGUUCGACGGCUGGCUGGAGAGCAACAGACCGUCGCGGGUGCAGCGCUUCGGGGACGAGGAAGGCGGCGUGGGUCGGGUGGGCUGGAUCUCCGUGGUGGGCCCCAGCCACGGCCCCGGCGCGGGGGACGUGGCGGGCCUGCAGGAGAGCUGGGAGCAGCUGCUGGCCAGCGGCCGGCCCGUCAGCUUCCAGACUGUGAGGGAGCUGGCGCUCAACCACGGCGUGCUGUCCGGGAAGUGGCUCAUGCACCUGGACUCCGGCUUCAAGGUGGACCACGCGUGGGAGUGCGUGGCCAGGGCCACCUUAGAGGGCAAGAUCUCCUCGGUCAAAGUGAGCCCGUACAACCCCAAGACGGAGGGCAGGCAGGUGAUCUGCGUGUACAACCAGAACUUCACGGACGAGGGCGACGUGGUGCGGCUGGACUCCGUGAUCCGGGCCACGGGCGUCAAAUGCCCCCUGUCCUACAAGCCGGACGUGUACACCUACCUGGGGAUCUACAGGAACAACCGCUGGAAGCUCUGUCCCACCAUCUACGAGAGCAAGUUCGACCUGGAGUGCGUUCCCAGGCGCUCCCACAUCAUCAACAAGGUCACCAAUCUGGAGGUGACCUAGUCUGUGCUGGGACUGUGCAGUCAGAUAAAAGAAAAACAACAAAAAAAAAACACUUCUGAUGUCAAGUUCUUCCAUUUCUUAAAAAAAAAAAAGUCAUGUUUUUUUUAUGGCCUAUUUUUCUAAGUUCAACAGGAUGUUGCUUUGGAAAUAUUGCAUUGCCUUCAGGAGAUCGAUUGUAAUCAGAAACCACCAGUGACUCCAGUGUCUGAUGAAUGUUUGAUUUAUGAGCCGUUUCAGGAGACGCCGACCCCCUCGCAUCACAAAGAAGCUUUUCUGUUGAGCGUUAAGUUGUGUUCAGCACUGCAUGCUGUGGCGUUGACAAAUAAACACACAGUGGACGAGCCUUUUUCCUUA